AUCUCUCUCUCUCACUGCUUUUAGUGCCAUGCAGCCACUCCGCCAUGUAGCUGUUAGGCUUCUAUCUUGGUGCGGGAAAAGCCUUCCACAACUUCGAAGUUCGGGCCGGUCGAUAACAGAACCGAAAAGCGUAAACCUAAGCGUCUGCACCGCAGGAAGCAGAAUCACGAACAUCCUCGCCAGAGCCGGGCAUUUCCGCCCUUUCUCUCCCCCCCCCCUCCCCCGGAGAGUCACGACAAUGCACACACGAGUGUGUGCUCAGCGUCUUUUGGUAGCGGCUGAUUUUGAUUGUUCCUGUAUCUCAAGUCAGAUCAACUGAUAAAACCUCCAUCCUUUGCCUGCCACUGCCAUCGAUUCCCUCUUCACUCACCCCACCGAGAGGGCGAGAUCUACUGAACUUCCUACUUCACAUACCUUCAGACAUCUGUGUUCGUUUACUCCCAGCAGCUAUGGGGUUACAAUCGGCUGUGGCAUCUCUCACACCCAUAUCCCUCUCCGUCGAAUCAUUCCAAGACAUAUCUCCGUCCUGGGAGAACAUCACCACCGCCUUCGCCAACGUCACGCCUACGGCGAGGGGAACACUCUAUUAUCUGGCCACGCAUAAGGUCCUUGCUGUCUUUGGCUUUGUGUUGAUCUACCACUUCAUUCGCGCCACCUACCUACUGUUCUUCCACCCGUUAGCCAGAUUCCCAGGUCCAAAAAUUGCUGCGAUAUCAGGCAUAUGGCUUGGAUACGUUCAUAUUAGCGGGAGGUCAAUCUGGAUCAUUAAGGACAUGCAUGCGAAAUACGGCCCGGUUGUCCGUAUCGCACCUAACGAUCUAUCAUUCGCCACGCCGACCAGCUACCGUGAUAUUUUCAAAUCCCGGCAGCAUUUCACCAAGACGGAGUUCUUCGAUGCCAUCGACUCAGGGUUCGGUGAACACGGCAUUGGCACGGAACGUGACGUCGCAACUCAUCUCCGAAAACGUAAGUUCCUGACACCGGCGUUUACCCCGCAGGCCACCUGGGAGUUUGAACCGCUGGUGCUCCCACAUCUGGAUCGAUUCAUGAGUGCGAUCGAAGAGAGGGGAAAAACCGAGGAGGGUGUGGAUAUGGUCGAAUGGUUCCAGUUCCUUACGUUCGAUACUGCUGGAGAUCUGGCGUUUGGGGAGGCAUUUGGAGCUCUGGAUAAAGGUAUAUCGCAUCGAUGGAUGAGCAUGGUAACCGAAUGCAUUGAUGUCGCCGCGUACGUCGAGGCGGCCAGGCGUUUCCCAAUCUUCAACUCCAUCUUCAAGCGGUUUAUCCCGCAGGUGUACAUCGAUGCCCGGAAAUGGCACGUCGCCUGGAGCAAGGAGCAAACUCUCCGUCGUAUAUCGUCUCCAUCCGAACGCAAGGACAUCCUCGGCUACAUGGUCGACAAACACGGCAAAUCACCGGUCACCCACGAUGAAUUAACAGCACACAGUUCCCAGCUUAUUCUCGGCGGCGCAGAAACAAUGACCGCGAUGCUUUGCGGCACCAUCUAUCACCUCGCAAAGACCCGCCGCGUAAUCGCUCAUCUCCAAGGAGAAAUCCGCACCAAAUUCGCAUGUCUAGAGGAUAUCACUGCCGGAAAGCUCGGAGAACUUCCGUAUCUGACUGCCGUCAUCAAGGAAGGAUUGAGAGUCUUCCCACCUGGCCCAACCGGGCUACCUAGGUACUCGCCCGGCGCGUUUGUGGCUGGGAAUUACAUACCCAAAGGUGUCAAAGUAUCCACGCACCCCUGGACGCUCUGCCAUGGUGAAGAGUGGUGGGAUAGUCCCGACGAGUUCAGGCCGGAGAGAUGGAUAGACGAAGACAACACAGAUGUCAAGGAAGCGAGCGUGCCGUUCGGUCUGGGGAGUCGACAGUGUCUGGGACAGAAUCUGGCGUGGAUGGAGAUGCGGCUUUAUAUCGCUAGGAUGAUGUUCCUAUAUGACCUGAAGCUUGUGAAACCUGAAGAAGAUUUGAUACGGAAGUGCAAGACGUACUUUAUGUGGCUGAAGGCACCUCUGAUGGUUAAGGUCGAGAGGAGGAUCGGAUAUUGAUGUGAUUUGUAUUUAAGAGUUUGGAACUUGAGUUCUGCGUCUCAUAUGAGAAUAUCCAUUCGCACUAUCUGAGCUUAUCAUGGUUUGCUGUCUGUAUUUAGUUACUACAGAUAAGCUUGUGAGCGAGUAAAGC